UUAUUUGAUCUGUUCAUAUUUUAUUAAUCUCUAAAGGUUAUUAAAUGGAUGCUCAGCAAGGGGCAGGGAACUACAAUGGGAACUUAUUCGCAGUUUAUACGAGCAUUAGAUAUGGACCACAGAGCAAAAGAAGCACAUGAGUUUUGGUUGAAGAAAAUUGGUAGAGAUCUUCAUUCCGUGCCAUGGCAGCUAUGUAAUCGCAUGAUAUCUAUAUACUACAGAAACAACAUGCUAGAGAAUCUCAUAAAGCUUUUCAAAGGGCUGGAAGCUUUUGAUCGUCAACCUCCAGAAAAAUCCAUAGUGCAAAAAGUGGCAGAUUCAUAUGAGAUGCUAGGCUUACUUGAAGAAAAGGAAAGGGUAUUAGAGAAGUACAAUCAUAUCUUUGUUGAGGCAGGGAAAGGGCAGAACAAGAAGCUUAGAAAUGCUUCAUCCAAGAAAAAUAAGAAAUCAGGUAAGGCACUUUUAAGUCACUUUCUAUAUUAGUGUCACUUUCUGAUCGCAACAAAAUUAUGUGCUGUAAAUAUGUUAAAUGACUAACUAAAAGGCAAAAACAAAGUAAAUUGUUGAAAUUAAUGUUCUGAAAACAUUAUUUCUUUAGCCUGUGAUUGUCUUUGUGUUUUUCAAUUAGAUUGUAUAUGAUCACUGAUGUCUUUGCCA